CUUAAGGUUGUAGCUUCGUUCGCUUUCUUGUCUGCGCUUAUCACUGCUGCAUACUUGACGCACUUGUGUUAUUCGCUCGCAACUUAUACUUUGUGCCACUGCUGUUGUGCUUGUCCGGCCAUGAAGCCUUCCGUGCAGGAGGAAGUAGAGGACGACCUCGCCGCUGAGGAGGAGAACAAGCUGAUCAACGAAGAAUACAAGACUUGGAAGAAGAACGCACCAUAUCUAUACGACGUCGUCAUCACCCACGCACUGGAUUGGCCCAGUUUGACGUGCCAAUGGUUUCCGGACAAGGAGUCACCUGCGAACAAACCAUAUACGACACACCGGUUACUACUGGGCACGCACACGUCCGGUCAAGCGCAGGACUACCUCCAAAUAGCCACCGUGCAACUGCCGAAACGAGAUGAGAGCCCGUCGGCAGAUAGACUCGACCGCGCCGACUACGACGAUGAACGCGGCGAACUCGGUGGCCACUCUAUACCAGCCCAACCCCGCGUCCAGAUCACUCAGAAGAUCAACCACGCCGGCGAGGUCAACCGCGCGCGUUACAUGCCCCAGAACCCAGACCUCAUCGCGACCAAGGCUGUAUCCGGGGAAGUGUUCGUGUUCGACAGAACCAAACACCCUAGUGAUCCGGAGCGGGGAGGUGUAUGCAGACCAGACAUUCGGUUGGUGGGUCAAAACAAGGAAGGGUUCGGAUUGGUAUGGAAUCCGAUUAAGGAGGGACACAUCCUGGGUGCUUCCGAAGAUACGACCGUCUGUCAUUGGGAUAUCACGUCUUACACCAAGGCAAAGUCAACCAUAGAGCCAACGACAGUGUUCAGGGGACAUGGUUCAGUGGUUGGGGAUGUUGACUGGCAUGCGAAGCACGAGAACGUCUUAGCCAGUGUUGGGGACGACAAGAUGCUUAUGGUCUGGGACACCCGCGCAUCGUCGGAACCCACCACAAAGAUACAAGCUCAUGACCGAGAGAUCUUGGCAGUUGCCUUCAGUCCUGCGAAAGAGGAGUUGCUUUUGACUGGCAGUGCCGACUCGACUAUCAUCUUGCACGACUUGCGAGCGCCCACGAAGAAGUUGCAUGUAUUCGAGUCGCAUACAGAUGAAGUCCUUCAUGUCGCUUGGUCGCCACACAACGCUACGAUCUUUGCGUCGGCUUCAAGCGACCGGAGGGUUAAUCUCUGGGACCUAUCGCAAAUUGGCGUUGAACAGACACCGGACGAGCAGGAAGACGGACCUCCAGAACUUGUCUUCAUUCAUGGAGGGCACACCGCGAGACCGACAGACUUCUGUUGGGCGCCUGGCGAGGCCGAGGCGUGGACAGCAAGCAGCACUUCUGAGGAUAACAUCCUCAUGGUCUGGCAGCCAACGGCGCAUAUAUGGGCAGCAGACAUGGUCAAGAUUGACGAGAGAGACCUCGAGGAGGAGCCGAUGGAAGGCGUGGAGAGUACUGGGAAUGCUGGAGGCGAGCCUUCCGCCGCGUCGGGCAAUAUCAACGAAGAGAGCUAA